AGCGCCCCCGCCUGACAGUUCUUGGGCUUGACAUUCAAGCUGCUCCCGCCGCCGUCAGUCCAAGCCUGCCGAGGAUACACACUUCCGGAGGGUAUUCUACUUUAUCUCAACCGCCUAUCCCACUUUCUAGGUUAUCGCGGCAUGGAAUCUGAUAGCUUAUAUCCCAGGUUUUCCAACAAAGUCUUGACCAACAAGGGCUUUAAGGCUGCCAUGUUACCUUCAGCACCCUCAAAUUUCCAACUUCGUGGGAUUUAGAUUUCGUUCUGCAAUCAUGUCUGGGGCGAUGGAGAUCAUAGGCGAUGAUGGGAUCGAUGGCAUCAAUUCCAAUGAUUCAGAUCCGGAGAAGAUCCUGCCUCGUGUCAUUGAGGAGCGAUGGGGAGACCAAAUCUCUCACGAAAUGUUGGAGGUGCUGGCUCCCAAUGGAGAAGGAGAGCACAUCUUGAAUAUAAUCAAUAAUAUGACUGAAGAAGAAGCCGUGGCUAUCAUUUCGGAGUCAGUAAAAUUCCAUGCAGAUGAUUGGAACUUUCCUUCAGACAUGAGAGACCGCAUGAAGCGACUGCUGGAAGGUCCCAAGCUCUACGGUGACUUUUACGAUCGGGAUCUAAGAAUCGAUGCCACGAUGAUGAGAUAUUCAUCUCCCUAUCCUGGUGUCCGUGCUGUUGCCGAGCCUCUGGAUAACAGCGAUGUUCCCGUUGAGACGAUCCGAGCUUACUUCCUGGGUAUUGGCUGGGCUGUUAUCGGAACCUUCAUGUCAACCUUUUUCAACAGUCGUUUCCCUUCAAUUAGCAACGGAACUGUGAUUCAGAUCUUGUUAUUUCCAUGCGGAAAGUUCCUCACAUGGGUAUUACCUGACUGGGGGCUUACGGUCGCUGGUACUCGUCACUCUCUGAAUCCUGGGCCGUGGACCUUCAAGGAGCAAAUGUUCGCGACGAUCACUUACAACAUUGCAAUCUACACCACCAAUAGUUACGGAAUGAUCUUGGUCCAGAAGUCGCCAGUGUUCUACGGCGAGAGCUUCGUCACUUUUGGCUAUCAGUUGAUGCUGACCUUGUUCGUCCAACUGAUGGGUAUGGGAUUCGCCGGAUAUCUCAGACGAUUUAGCGUCUACCCUGUCAAGGCACUCUGGCCAACUAUUCUGCCACUUAUCGCAAUGAACCGAGCUCUGACAAAACCCGAACCAAAGCAAAAUAUCUAUGGGUGGACAAUCUCCCGGUACAAGUUCUUCUACAUUACCACAUUAUGCAUGUUUUUCUAUUACUGGUUCCCUGGAUAUCUGUUUACCGCCUUGGCGACAUUCAACUGGAUGACUUGGAUAGCCCCCCAAAACUUUACACUCGCUCUCAUAACUGGAUCAGGACUCGGACUGGGCUUAUUUAACCCGAUUACGACCUUUGACUGGAACGUUGCCACGUCUUCGUAUGCUGCCCUGGCUCAGCCAUUUUUCGCUACGUGCACAAUGUACAUCAGUAGCAUCCUCGGUGCUUUCGUCAUUCUGGGAAUCUACUACUCCAACAUGUAUAAUACCGGGUACCUGCCUAUCAACUCCUCCGCCGCGUUUGCGAACGACGGAACCUCUUUCAAUGUUCAGAAGAUAGUCGUCAACAACAAGCUCGAUGAGAAGCUUUACCAGAACUACUCGCCCCCAUUCUAUUCUGCUGGGUAUAUUCUCACUGUUGGGGCCAACUUUGCUUUCUACCCAGUCUACUUCCUCUACAUCAUGGGCAACCAAUGGAGCACUAUGAAACAUGCGUUCAUCGAUUUUUAUAAAGGCCUUCGAUACGGCAAAGGAAAUUACGAGGGCAAUACCAUGGAUGUGCACAGCCGACUCAUGGCAAAGUAUAAGGAAGUUCCAGAUUGGUGGUUCCUCUUGAUUUUGCUCGGCGCCAUCAUCGUCUCAGUCAUCUUCCUCAAGAUCUUCCCAUCUGAUACUCCGGUAUGGCUCCCAUUCCUGAUGAUUGCCAUCAACAUCGUCUUCGCAGUCCCACUUUCAUUCUUGUCAGCGACGACCGGUACGAACUUAGGACUCGGGGCUCUGGUUCAAGUCAUCACCGGUUUCAUCCUCCCUAACAACCCCAAUGCUUUCCUGUUCGCCCAAACUCUCGGCUCCUGGGCUCUCGCUGGAUAUGGAGACAACUACGUGCAAGAUCAAAAGAUGGCUCAUUACUGCAAGAUUUCUCCCAGGGCGGUCUUCAGAAGCCAGAUCGGGACGAUCAUCAUCACCUGUUUCGUGGCCGUGGGAACGCAAGACUUCGUGCUCACGAACGUCAAAGGUCUCUGCACACCUGAUCAGCCCAGCAGAUUUACGUGCGCCAAUGACGGAUUUCCGCUUUACGCUUCCUCAUUGAUGUGGGGUCUUCUUGGAUCCGACAGAAUGUUCAACUCCCUGUACCCGCUCUUCAAGUGGUGUUUCCUCAUGGGUACCGCAAUCGCAAUUCUCUUCCUUGUCUGCCAAGGCUAUGGUCCAAUCUACCUUCCUCCCAUCAAAGAAAAGUUGCGCGUGAAGCUCCGACCACGAACCUUCGAGAUCCUAGAUAGCACGCUGUUUCCAUUCGUCGCCUCUCUGUUGUGGUUAAACCCAAUUCUCAUCAUCCAAGGAAUCCAGCACUGGGCACCAUCCAACCUGUCCUACAAGACUCCGGGAAUGAUCUUAUCGUUCAUUUUCAUGUAUUGGAUGCCGAGACAUAGAUUGGCGUGGUGGGAGAAGUACAAUUAUGUGUUAUCGGCUGCGUUGACUGCUGGUGUUGCUGUUAGUGGGUUGAUUAUGUUCUUUGCUGUGGGAUACAAUCCAAAGAGCUUGAAGUGGUGGGGUAAUACGGUCAGCUCUGCUGGUAUUGAUGGGUCUUCGAAGGGGAUUCUUCCGAUCCCUGCGAGAGGUUACUUUGGUCCUCCGAAGGGAAGCUUUCCUUGA